GGCUCAGUGAACGCUACGGAAGAAACCCCCGAAAGCUUUUCUUUCUCCUUGAGGUCUCUUUCUUUUCUAUUUGAUCUUUCACUUUUCUCCUCGAGGUCUGUUUCUUGCCUAUUUGAUCUUUCACUUUUCAUGGGCUCAAGUUCUAUAAUGUCACUCUCUCUCCUCCUCCUCCUCCUCCUCAACGGCGUAGCGGCUGCCCCGGGUGCCGGCGGCAAUGGACCAGAUAUGUCGAUCAUAAGCUACGUUGAAAGUCAUGGCAUGCGGGGACUCGAUAGGGGCGAGGCAGAGAUGCGGGAGAUCUACGAGAGGUGGAUGGAGCAGCAUGGCCGGAACUAUAACGCGCUCGACGAGAAGGAGCGGCGAUUCGAAGUCUUCAAGGAGAAUCUCCGCUACAUAGACGAGCACAAUGCCGCUGCCGAUGCCGGCGUCCACUCCUUCCGCCUCGGCCUCAACCGCUUCGCCGAUCUCACCAAUGAAGAGUACCGCGCAUCCUACCUUGGUACACGGCGACAUCUACACCGCCGGAAUCCUAGUGACCGUUACCACGUCGCUUUUGGUGAGGCCCUGCCCGAUUCUGUUGAUUGGAGGGCCAAGGGAGCCGUUGCCCCUGUCAAGGACCAGGGCACUUGCGGGAGCUGCUGGGCUUUCUCGAGCAUUGCGGCCGUGGAAGGGAUUAAUCAGAUUGUGACCGGAGACCUCAUUUCGCUAUCAGAGCAAGAGUUGGUGGAUUGCGACACGAGCAGCAAUCAGGGAUGCAACGGCGGCCUUAUGGAUGAUGCCUUCGAAUUCAUCAUUAGGAACGGUGGCAUUGACUCUGAGGAGGAUUAUCCUUACAGCGGCCGUAAUGGCAAAUGUGAUUCUUACAGGAGAAAUGCUAGGGUCGUGUCUAUUGAUUCAUAUGAAGAUGUGCCUGUAAACAAUGAAAAGGCUUUGCAGAAGGCAGUUGCAAAUCAGCCUGUAAGUGUCGCCAUAGAAGCUGCUGGCAGGGCAUUCCAGCUGUAUCAAUCGGGCAUUUUCACUGGAAGUUGCCGGACCGAACUAGAUCACGGUGUUCUUGCAGUAGGCUACGGGACUGAGCACGGCAAGGAUUACUGGGUCGUGAAGAACUCCUGGGGCGCAGACUGGGGAGAGGAAGGCUUCAUAAGGAUGGAGCGCAAUGUGAAUUCGUCCAGCGGCAAAUGCGGAAUUGCAAUGCAGGCCUCCUAUCCUAUCAAAACUGGUCCAAACCCACCAAAACCAACCCCAAGCCCUCCCGCUCCUGUAAAGCCUCCUAAGCUUUGCGAUAACUAUUACUCCUGCCCAGCAAGCACCACUUGCUGCUGUGUAUAUGAGUACGGCCGGCUUUGCCUUGCUUGGGGCUGCUGCCCCCUCGAAGCCGCCACCUGUUGUGACGACCAGAGCAGCUGCUGCCCUCUUGAUUUCCCCGUUUGCGAUCUUCGGGCCGGAACUUGCCUAACGAGCAAGAAUAACCCGUUGGGAGUGAAGGCUUUUCUGCGAGUUCCUGCCGUGCCCUUUUGGGCGUCCUCCAGAGCAGUGAGCAGUGAGGGUAAAGCUUCGAGUUAAAUUUGGCGUUUGAAUGCUGAGUCUGGUCUGGUUGAUUACAUACUAAUUUCUGUGCUUUCAUCGUCGAAGAUGAUAUGCGAUUAUCUUGUACAUAAAUUAUCUUUAUUUAAAAUUUAAUGCAUGUUA